AUACUGUUUUUGUUAAUAGUAUUAUUCUUUAUUACAAAGUUACAAAUACAAAGAUUGCAAAUAAAGAUUUCCGAAUUAUGCUUGUAUGGGAUUUAAUUCAAGAAGCUAUAGAUAAUAAGAGUAGUAGCAAUAGAAUAACUCAGGGUCAAUUAAAACAAAAAAAAGCUUCAUUAAAAUCAUCACUAAAAAAUAAGAGAAUUACAUAUGUUACUAAAAAUUUUAACCUACUGUUAAGUCAACUUUCUCCAGGAAAUCAUCUAGUAGAAUGA